AGGAACCUUGUCUUGCCCAGUCAUGUCUGUGGUGCUGAGUUCGAGAGACUCCAUCCUCGAAGUUUUCGACCACUUCAGAGAUGAGCUAGACGACUUUCACGACCGAAGAGAACGGCUUAUCAAGUGCAGCCGCGACGUCACAAACCUGUCCAAAAAGGUCAUAUUUCUCAUCCAUCGGUCACUGACGGAGGGUCUUGGUCAGUCUGAUGAGCGGGAAACGUCCCUUCGCGCGGUUAGCAGAGCAAAGGAGAAGCUCAAGGACGUCCAGAACCUGUUCGCCGGCAUGCGUGAGGAGGUCGCGGGCGAUCGGUUCUGGAGACAUCAACGAAAUGUGUCUCCCGGGUUACAAGAGUACAUUGAGGCUCUGAGCCUCGCACAUUACCUGGAAUGCCAAACGUUGAUUUCGUAUGAGGAGGUGCAGAAGUCUCUCAGCGACGCGGACGGGACACCGUAUUUCCCGUUACCGCUUGACGAUUAUCUGCUGGGUUUAUCGGACCUGACGGGAGAGCUCAUGCGCUACGCUAUUUCGUCCAUAUCUCGUCGUGGUGGGCGGUCGAAGGCAAACGAAGUAUGUAUAUUUGUCAGAGGCUGCAGAGCAGACUUUGAAGGCCUUACUCCGCAUUUCCGAGAGCUGCGUAAGAAGCAGCAAGUCACUUCCCAGUCACUGGAGAAAAUCGAAGAUGUUGCCUAUGCGAUAGCAGUGCGCAGUUCCGAAUACGAUCUGCCUCCAGAGCUCUUGGAUGACAUCGUCGAGCGCACGGUGGCUGAGGCUGGAUUCGGCGGCGGCGGGGAUGAUCGAGACCAGAGAAGAAGAGGUGGUCGACGCGGAGGGGAGGAUGAGGAUGAGGAUGGAAACUACGAUUAGACUCUACGGCAUCAAGCAGCUACAGUAUGUAAGUAGUAAGUACUUCCAGUGCAAGCCUGGCGCAAGCAUUUCUUUCAUUUGCGACGCGCGAUACGAGAAGUCUUCGGAGAGGCAUCA